CUCUCCUUCUACACCAAAAGGUGCCAUCCUCACUUUCUCUCUCUCUCUCUACAUUCAUCCGUUUUAUCUGCAUUUCUUGGAUUCAUCUAGAGAGAGAAAUCUCAUUCAAAAAUGGAGGAUAUCGAUGAUCUACCCAAAAAUCCAGCAAAUUACACAGCUUUAACUCCUUUAUGGUUCUUAGAAAGAGCAGCUACUGUUCAUCCCAACAGACCUUCUGUCAUCCAUGGCCGCGUUCGCUACACUUGGCGCGAUACUUACCGUCGCUGCCGCCAAUUCGCAUCCGCUCUUUCUCGUCGUUCUAUUCGUGCUGGUUCGACGGUGUCAAUAAUUGCUCCUAACGUUCCAGCCAUAUAUGAGGCUCAUUUUGGUGUUCCGAUGUCAGGAGCGGUGCUGAACACAGUCAAUAUUCGUCUCAACGCACAAACUAUUUCUUUCUUGCUCGGCCAUUCUGCGUCAGAGGUUGUAAUGGUCGAUCAAGAAUUCUUUACUUUGGCAGAGGAAGCUUUAAAAAUUUUAUCUGAUAAAGGAAACUUUAAACCACCAAUUCUGAUUAUCAUAGGUGAUGAAAGUUGUGACCCUAAAACACUCCACUAUGCAUUGAGCAAAGGCGCCAUUGAGUAUGAGAAGUUUCUUGAGACAGGCGAUCCAGAAUUUGCGUGGCAACCACCAAAAGAUGAGUGGCAGAGUAUUACAUUAGGUUAUACUUCUGGUACAACAGCUAGCCCGAAGGGUGUGGUCUUGCAUCAUCGUGGUGCUUAUGUCAUGGCCUUAAGUUGUGCUAUGGUUUGGGGGAUGACUGACGGAGCUAUUUACCUUUGGACUCUACCUAUGUUCCAUUGUAACGGAUGGUGCUAUACUUGGACUUUAGCUGCUGUUUGCGGGACAAGUAUAUGUCUUAGACAGGUGACUGCUAAGGGGGUUUAUGAAGCCAUUGCCAACAAUGGCGUGACUCAUUUCUGUGCAGCUCCUGUGGUGCUCAACACUAUUGUCAAUGCAAGAAAAGAGGACACAAUCCUUCCUCUGCCACGUGUUGUGCAUGUCAUGACAGCUGGUGCUGCGCCGCCACCUUCUGUGCUCUUUGAAAUGUCGCGUCGUGGCUUCCGUGUUGCUCAUACCUACGGGCUUUCUGAAACUUACGGGCCCUCUACUAUAUGCGCAUGGAAACCCGAGUGGGACUCUCUCCCGCCAGAUGAACAAGCCCGUCUUAAUGCAAGGCAAGGUGUUAGGUACAUUGGUUUGGAAGGCCUCGAUGUAGUCAAUACACAGACCAUGAAACCAGUACCUGCUGACGGAAAGACUGUUGGAGAGAUAGUUUUCCGAGGUAAUGCAGUUAUGAAAGGUUACUUGAAGAACCCAAAAGCUAAUGCAGAGGCUUUUGCAAAUGGGUGGUUCCAUUCUGGGGAUUUGGCUGUGAAGCACCCAGAUAACUAUAUUGAAAUCAAAGACAGAUCAAAGGACAUCAUCAUAUCUGGUGGUGAAAAUAUAAGUAGUGUGGAGGUAGAAAAUAUCCUCUACUUCCACCCGGCUAUAUUAGAAGUAUCGGUGGUGGCAAGACCUGAUGAAAGGUGGGGUGAAUCUCCAUGCGCCUUUGUGACAUUGAAGCCUGACAUUGAUCAAAAGGAUCAGCAGCGUGUGGCUGAUGACAUCAUGAAGUUUUGUCGGUCUAAAAUGCCCGCUUACUGGGUUCCGAAAUCUGUUGUUUUCGGUCCAUUGCCAAAGACCGCAACUGGAAAGAUCCAGAAACAUAUAUUGAGGACCAAAGCUAAAGAAAUGGGACCUGUGAAGAAGAGUCGGCUGUAAGUAUACUAUAACUUUUUUAAAUUAUUUUUUUAAUGGUUUUUAUUGAUCAAAUAAUACGAGCUUGCGAAUUGCUAUGGUACAACAUUGUACUCUCCCCCCUCCCCGAGAAUAUGCAAAAAAAAAAAAAAAAAGAGAUGGUUCGGUCUUUGUAAAAUGCCUUUGUCGUUGUAAUAUAAUGCUAUAAGUGUUGUUUUUGAUGUGACAUUGACCGAACAAAUUGUACUCAUGUAAUUUUAUUGUGGUAAUUUUGAUGGUUGGUUUUUUAAA